CUUCUUUCCUAUUGUGAUUCUUAUAUAAUCGUAAUUGUCUCUAACUUGCUGACUUGAGGAAUUUUUUCGAGAGUCAUAUAAGUCAUUUAACUGUUUUAACUGGCUCUAUUUUUUAUAGGCAUGCUUGCAAAUGUAUUAUACAUACUUUGACUACUGUUUCGCUAGUCACUUUAUCAUAUGACUCAUAGAUUAAUCGAAGCGCCAUGACGCUUGCAAGAGUUUAUUAGUUUAUUUAUUCACUCCUUAGAAACGAUAGCAGACUUCAAACGUAUCAAUUAUCAAGAUUCGGAGCUUUAGAUCCGCAUACCGAGAAAUGCUUUGACAAUUCCUGAUGCACUUUAAAGACAAACGCGACUGUUUGCUUUGUUGAAUAACAAUCUAUUUACUUGUCUUCGAUCGGAUUUUUAAGUUUUUAGUUUUUACUUUACGCGUUCAAUGCUCACGCGAUGUCUUUAACGACGCGCAAGAGAUUCCAUAACCUAGCAUUCUACGCUCACACUGUACAACAGUUGAUACAGUUUGACAUAACCUGUACGACUUGUCUUAACGGACCGUAUUUCAAACUGUAUCGAAAUAAUUGUUUUAAAUCGUGUAUUGCCGGUGAUGAAAGAUUCAUUGAGUAGUGGAAAAAAACAAACGAAAGGAUCUAAUCGCUGGCUUCUACAUAGGCGUAUCUAAUAAUUUAUCGGAGCAUUCUCUUGUGACUAGUGAACAAAAAAUAUUAUUCGGUACAACAUGUAGAGACUGUCAUGUGAAUAACAUAUAAAUGAUGAUGGUGUGGCCAUGGCAAGAGCACGCAGGCUUGAACCCCACCGAGUCCAUGACACGCGCAUUGAUUAGUGACGAUAAUAUCGCCCGCCAGUCUGCCCUCGGUCCUGUCCAGUUGGGUUUCGUCGCGGGAGUCAUACUCCGAGAACGUAUUCCUGCCUUCGAGCGCAUGCUCUGGCGUGCCUGCCGUGGAAAUGUGUUCCUGCGCCAAGCUGAGAUCGAGACUCCUUUGGAAGAUCCAUCAACGGGAGAUCAAGUCUUCAAGUCUGUCUUCAUCAUCUUCUUCCAAGGUGACCAGCUUAAGACUCGCGUCAAGAAGAUAUGCGAGGGCUUCCGAGCAACUCUGUACCCUUGUCCUGAGGCUCCUGCUGAUCGUCGUGAAAUGGCUAUGGGUGUCAUGACUCGAAUCGAAGAUCUGAAUACUGUAUUGGGACAAACUCAAGAUCACCGUCAUCGCGUUUUGGUGGCUGCUGCUAAGAACAUAAAGAAUUGGUUCGUGAAGGUUCGCAAGAUCAAGGCUAUUUAUCAUACCUUGAACUUGUUCAAUCUGGACGUCACUCAGAAGUGUUUGAUUGCUGAAUGCUGGGUGCCUGUUUUGGAUAUUGAGACCAUUCAGUUGGCACUACGUCGUGGAACCGAACGUAGUGGAAGUUCCGUGCCGCCGAUUUUAAAUCGCAUGGAAACUUUUGAAGAUCCUCCGACCUAUAAUCGAACGAACAAAUUCACCAAAGGUUUUCAGGCUCUUAUCGACGCGUAUGGCGUUGCUUCCUAUAGGGAGAUGAAUCCUGCUCCUUAUACCAUUAUCACAUUUCCGUUUUUGUUCGCCGUUAUGUUCGGUGAUACUGGUCAUGGUAUGAUUAUGGCUCUAUUUGGAGGAUGGAUGGUGCUUAAGGAAAAACCCCUGGCUGCAAAGAAAUCUGAUAACGAAAUUUGGAAUAUUUUCUUCGGCGGACGAUAUAUUGUAUUUUUGAUGGGCCUCUUUUCAAUGUAUACGGGAUUCAUUUACAACGACUUCUUCUCCAAGUCUUUAAACAUCUUUGGAACGUAUUGGAAAGUUAAUUACAAUUGGACUACAGUUAGUAGCCUCCCGUCGUUGCAGUUGGAUCCGAAUGGUACCGAUUACUUACAGAGACCUUAUCCCAUUGGUAUGGAUCCUGUGUGGCAAUUAUCCGAGAAUAAGAUUGUCUUCUUAAAUUCAUACAAGAUGAAGAUCUCCAUUAUCUUUGGAGUGAUUCACAUGAUAUUUGGUGUCGUUGUGGGCCUUUGGAAUCAUAUGUAUUUCAAAAAACGUAUCAACGUCAUCUGCGAUUUUAUUCCUCAAAUGAUUUUCUUGCUCUUCCUCUUCUUUUACAUGGUGUUGCUCAUGUUCAUCAAGUGGAUCAAAUACGCUCCAACCAACGAGGAGAUUAAUGGACCGUACUGCGCGCCAUCAGUAUUAAUCACGUUCAUCAAUAUGGUGCUUUUCAAAGCGAAUGUUGCUCCCUCAGAAGUCUGCGACCCUUGGAUGUUCAGUGGCCAACUUGGAGUUCAAAGAGCCUUGCUCAUCCUGGCUGUACUUUGCAUUCCAUGGAUGUUGUUCGCCAAACCUUUCUUACUAAUGCGUAACAUGAAGAGCAAAAUGCAUCAACAGUUAAACAACCAUGGAACCGAGAAUGGAGAUGUAGAAGGUGGCGCUGGAGCUGUUCAGCAAAAUGCUGGAACAGUGCAGGGUGGUCACAAAGAAGAGGAACAGCACGACAUUGGAGAAAUCUUUGUUCAUCAGAGUAUCCAUACCAUCGAAUAUGUUCUUGGCAGUGUGUCUCAUACUGCCUCAUACCUACGUCUCUGGGCACUGUCUCUAGCCCAUGCCCAACUCUCCGAAGUGCUGUGGAAUAUGGUUAUGCGAAACGGACUUAGAUAUGAGAAUUGGUAUGGUGGUGUCAUCCUCUGGGUUGUAUUCGCUCUUUGGGCUGUGCUUACCGUUGGUAUCCUUGUUCUCAUGGAAGGUCUUUCGGCAUUCCUGCAUACACUUCGUCUUCACUGGGUGGAGUUCCAGAGCAAGUUCUACAUGGGUGCAGGAUACACCUUCCAGCCCUUCUCCUUUGAAAUUAUUCUGGAUUCUGCGCAGGCCACUGUCGAGGAUUAAAAUUUUUUAAUCUUUUUUCUGGCCGUUUAAAAAUCGAGGACGUCGGUGACCCUUAUCCUCUAAAUAUUCUAUUCUGUGCAUAGUAUAUGUAUAGAAUUAAUGCAGAUCAAUUGUACUUGAGUGAAUUUUACAUGCUACCAAGAAUUUAAGUUUCAUCUUUUAUGAAUGUACCCCGAAGAAUUAAGAAACUGGUUUUCUCUCUUAUUACAGUGAAUAAACUGUAGGUGCUUUACGAGAGGUUAUGAGUUUUACAGUCAAGGAUAUGUAGUGUAGCCAAAAUACCAUCUAUUUAAAACUCUCUAUUAUGUGCAUAACAUUUCAUGUAAAAUGUAAGUAAUAAAUAUACCGAGCAUUAAUUAUACCGACUUAUUAAAACACGUGUUAAUCAGGUAUUAAAACUUCGAACCAUAAAUGUUCGAUUUUAUUGGCUUAUUGUUAAAUUUCGGUCAUAUAGUUGUAUAAUGACUAAUAUUUAUGAAGCUCACUAAUCUUUAUCCUUCAUGGCUCUAUGUACUCUUAAUGAUAUAUCAAAUAAAUGUAUCAGUGUCCAUCAUGGCCUAGCUUCGUCGCUGCCAUGAAAUUCUUGCAAAAUUCGAAUAAAUCAGCAACUUCACUUUA